UCAGUACGGUGUAGUUUUUUACAAAGAACCAAAACAUUGUCAAAAAGCCACGUUUUUAGUGUUUUUCUGCAUUUGUUCGAGGAAAAUGAAAAGUUGUGCGAUUUGUGAAGAAACUGAAGCGAAAUAUCGAUGUCCUGCUUGUGAAGUAGAGACAUGUUGCCUACAAUGUGUACGAGAACACAAGUCUGCUUCAGGGUGCACAGGUGUUCGGGAGAAGGCCGCUUAUGUUCCUCUGUCAGACUUCAGAGACAUUCAUUUAUUAAGUGAUUACAGAUUUCUGGAAGAUGGUGGGCGAAAAACUAACAAUGCUGCCAGAGAUCAGUUGAAAAGAUCAAGUGUUCCAAACUUUCUCAGAACUAUAGAAACACAAGCCAAGCACAGAGGAGUAAGACUUCGUUUGAUGCCGUAUCCCAUGACAAAGAGAAAGACGAACAGCACAUAUUACCAGUACAAAUCAAAAACAUUACAUUGGCAUGUUGAAUGGGAGUUCCCAGAAAUAAACUACACAACAACUGACAGAAGAGUUCCAGAAAUAACCCCGCUUAGAGAGGUUCUAGCCAAGCACACUGGCGAUAAUGCUGACCCUAUAGAGAAACACAGACUACAGGCAUAUAUUGACGGCGGAGAAGAUGGGUUCAGGGUUUUUAUGAAACAAACAGGAACAAAGCCAGGACAGGAUAGAUUUUACAGCCUAGAUUUGGACCAGACACUUAGUGAGAACCUGAAGGAUAAAGAAAUAGUGGAAUACCCCACCCUAGUUGUUGUACAGAGAAAAAACUGGGACGACUAUUCACUGGUUACAGAUGAUAGUUCACCCGAGGUACAACAAGAAGACCCAGUAAAAGAGGAAUCUACAUCAUCAGUCCAGCAAGUUCACCAACAGAAUGAUACCAUUGUUACCUAGAUUACUUCCACUCUCAUUCACCACCAAUGAGUUUGAGACUGAAAACUGCAUAUUUUACUUCUAUUGUAAAAUUGCUAUAUAAAAAGCAAUGAUGACCCAGUAAUACCUACUGUAUCUGUAUGAGAAUAAGUUGCUCUGCAUUUACUUCUGAACAUUAUUAUAUUAAAGAUAAAUUAAAAAUAGAAAAUUUCACUUUUUAGCUCACCUGUCACUUUGUGACAAGGUGAGCUUCUGUGAUCGCCUUUUGUCCGGCUUCCGGCGUGCGUCGUCCGUCAACAAUUUACUUAAAAGACAUCUCCUCCUUAACCGCUGGGCCAAUAUUAAUAAAACUUCAUAGGGAUGUUCCUUGGGUGGUCUUCUAUCAAAGUUGUUCAAAGAAUUCAAUUCCAUGCAGAACUCUGGUUGCCAUGGCAAAAAUCUUCUUCUCUCAAACCACAAGGCUUAGGCCGUUGAUAUAUGGUAGGUAGGAUCACCAAAUGGUCCUCUACCAAGAUUGUUCAAAUUAUGGCCCUUGGGUCAAAAUUGGCCCAGCCCCGUGGGGUCAUGGGUUUUCUCUAUAUGUUUAUAGUGAAAACUUAAAAAAUCUUCUCCUCUGAACUUACUUGGCCUAGAGCUUAGAUAUUUGGCAUGGUUCAUCGUCUAGUGGACCUCUACAAAGUUUGUUCAAAUUAUGGCCCUGGGGUCAAAAUUGGCCCUGCCCCGGGGGGUCAUGGGUUUUCUCUAUAUGUUUAUAGUGAAAACCUUAAAAAAUCUCCUCCUCUGAACUUACUUGGCCUAGAGCUUAGAUAUUUGGCAUGAUUCAUCGUCUAGUGGACCUCUACAAAGUUUGUUUAAAUUAUGGCCCUUGGGUCAAAAUUGGCCCCGCCCCGGGGGGUCAUGGGUUUUCUCUAUAUGUUUAUAGUGAAAACUUAAAAAGUCUUCUUCUCUGAACUUACUUGGCCUAGAGCUUAGAUAUUUGGCAUGAUUCAUUGUCUAGUGGACCUCUACAAAGUUUGUUCAAAUUAUAGCCCUGGGGUCAAAAUUGGCCCUGCCCCUGGGGGGUCAUGGGUUUUCUCUGUAUGUUUAUAGUUAAAACUUCAAAAAUCUUCUCCUCUGAACUUACUUGGACUAGAGCUUAUUUAUUUGGCAUGAUUCAUCGUCUAGUGGACCUUUACAAAGAUUGUUCAAAU